AUGGUUAAUAUGAUAAUUCUUAUUGUCGUUUUGGCAUCCCUUCAUCUAUCUUCUGGUGCGCUAAAAUGUUACAAUACAACUCAAAAUGCAGAGGGUGUCAUACAGGUCAAGCAAGCAUCAGUAGAUGCGACAAAAGCUUGUGCUCCACAACAGUGUACCUGCGCCGUCUAUCAACGUCAGUGUGCUUCGGGGAAUUCCAUGUGUUCAGCUGCGGAAGUACAGGCAGGUACUUGGAAAUCCUAUUCGGCUAUCACGGGUAAGAAGGCCUGUACAGCACUAAAAACAACAGCAGGCUAUAAAGAUGUUACAUGCUGUACGACAGCUCUGUGUAACAGUGCUUCAGCAGCUGCGACAACAAUGAGUGGUGAUACAACCAUGGGCAUGCCAACCACUAAGAUUGCUGUACAACAGGCAAGCACUGAAGAAUAUUCAGAAUUAACCAGUGAGUCGGCACCUGAUGUGACACAGACACUUAUCGUUGCACAGACACAUGUUGUUGCAGAGACAUCUACUAAACCAGCCGCAACUACCAUGGGCAACAUAAAUAGUAAAACUACAACGCCAAUGGCGCCAGCAACAACAGGCAAGGCCGCCAUGAACUCUUCUACCACGGCUAGCAUAAUUUUUGCACUGGUGGUAUACCUGUUGGCCAGAAACAAUAAUGAGUCAAGAGGAGGAGACUUGCUUCUUUAA